CUCAGAGAAAGGUGAAAAACAUCUCCAGCUGCAGCAUUAACUCUGCCAGAAAUCUUCUGAAUCACCCCAAGGAUUAUAAGCUUUGAUAUUCAGAAGAGUGAAACUGAAAGAUGCCAUCUGAGAGGCGUCUCAGUGUGCGGGAGAUGUUGACAGGGCAGAGGCUUUGCCAGUCCAGCUCUCACAACGAUGCUGUCCUGGCAGCCCUGAACCAGCAGCGCAGCGACGGCGUCCUGUGCGAUAUCACCCUCGUUGCCGAAGAGCAGAAAUUCCACGCGCAUAAAGCAGUCCUGGCAGCCUGCAGCGACUACUUCCGAGCAAUGUUCAGUCUCUGCAUGGUUGAAAGUGGAGCUGAUGAGGUGAAUUUACACGGUGUCACAAGCCUGGGUUUAAAACAAGCCCUGGACUUUGCAUAUACUGGACAGAUCCUCCUGGAGCCAGGGGUGAUCCAGGACGUGCUAGCAGCUGGUUCCUGCUUGAAGUUGCUGGAGUUGGUACUGUUCUGUUCGUACUUCCACAUCUCUGAACUAAAUAGUUUCAAUUAUUUGGACCUGUAUAAGCUGGCGGACCUCUUCAACCUCACGUUGUUGGAGAAUGCAGUGGUUGACUUCUUAGUAAAACAUCUGUCCGAGCUGUUGAAGAGUCAUCCUGAAGAAGUCCUGGCCCUCCCAUACUGUCUCCUUCGGGAAGUUUUUAAAAGCGAUAGACUCACUUCACUCAGUGAAGAACAAAUCUGGCAGCUCGCUGUGAGGUGGUUGGAACACAACUGCCGUUUCCAGUACAUGGACGAGCUUCUGCAGUAUGUCCGCUUCGGCCUUAUGGAUGUGGAUACACUGCACUCCGUAGCCCUUUCCCAUCCGCUCGUCCAAGCUAGCGAGACGGCCACGGCGCUUGUCAACGAGGCCCUGGCCUACCACGAGAGCAUCUAUGCGCAGCCCGUGUGGCAGACCGGGAGGACGAGGCCGCGCUUCCAGUCGGACACCCUGUACAUCAUCGGCGGGAAGAAGCGCGAGGUCUGCAAGGUGAAGGAGCUGCGCUACUUCAACCCCGUGGAUCAGGAGAACGUGCACAUCGCCGGCAUCGCCAACUGGAGCGAGCUGGCGCCCAUGCCCGUGGGCAGAAGCCACCACUGCGUCGCUGUGAUGGGAGACUUCCUUUUCGUGGCCGGGGGAGAGGCUGAGCAGGCCACGGGGCGCACGUGCGCCGUGAGGACGGCCUGUCGCUACGACCUGCGCACGGACGCGUGGGCCGACAUCGCCCCCAUGAAGAACUGCCGGGAGCACUUUGUGCUGGGCGCCGUGGGCGACUUCCUCUACGCCGCCGGGGGCAGGAACGAGCUGCGCCAGGUUCUCCCCACCGUGGAACGGUACUGCCCCAAGAAGAACAAGUGGACCUUUGUACAGUCCUUUGACCGGUCCCUUUCAUGCCAUGCGGGAUAUGUGGUGGAUGGGCUUCUUUGGAUAUCAGGAGGAGUAACAAAUACGGCACAGUACCAAAACAGGCUCAUGGUCUAUGAUCCAAAGCAGCCCCCACUGCGCGGCGGGCCGCCCCGCCUCUACGUGCUGGGCGGCAACGACCUGGACUACAACAACGACCGCGUCCUCGUCCGGCACAUCGACUCCUACAACAUCGACACCGACCAGUGGACGCGCUGCAGCUUCAGCAUGUUGACAGGUCAAAACGAGUCUGGAGUUGCCGUGCACAAUGGUAGAAUAUAUUUAGUUGGCGGCUACUCGAUUUGGACAAAUGAGCCCUUGGCAUGUAUCCAGGUGCUGGACGUGAGCAAGGAGGGGAAGGAGGAGGUGUUCUACGGGCCCACACUGCCCUUUGCCUCCAACGGGGUCGCCGCCUGCUUCCUCCCUGCCCCCUGCUUCACCUGCCCCAACCUGCAGACGCUGCAAGUGCCUCACCACAGGAUGGGCGCCCUGUGA